AUGAGGAAUGGUGUUUCAGAAAAUCAGAGAGACAGGGAUUCGAAUAAUUUACCAGCAGUUACAUUUCACGAUGAAAGUUGUUUCUCCCGGACAUGGCGAUAUACGUUAGCCAUAUUCCUGUCUCUGGUCGUAGGACUGGGGGCAGGGUAUUUCGUAGGACGUGUAAUCCACACCGAGAGGGAUGACACGGCAUCCUAUAGUCACCCCUACCCUCUCCUUGGACGGAGGGAUCCACCGUCGGUAUUCUCCCCACUUUCAAUGGAUGAAAUGAAAUCUAUUCUAGACUAUUGUCUAGAGACAAAUAUCACAAAAAAGUAUCACCCUAAAGCAAAAUUAUUAAUACCAUUUUUGAAAAGGAACAAAAUAAUAAGCCUUUCCGUUAUGAUUCCGAGUAAGGAAGCGGUGCUGUCUUAUCUGGACGAAAAUGGACCUUACCCUGGGAGAUACGCAAGAGUUUACGUGGACAAGGCACAGGAAGUUCCUCCAUAUUUCGUUGAAUAUCAGAUAGGACCAUUACGACAGCCAAAAAUGACACACAAAGUUUUACGUAUUGUUACCAACCACGAGCGUCGACCUCGCAGCUCCCAGGAAGCGUUAACAGUCCAAAGUGUGGCGUCAUUGGAAUUUUCGAAAUUGAAUGAUCUGUUUAUGAAAUGUUUCGAUGGUGGUUCAGUGAGCGCUGUACACCAUAAUGAUAAAAGUUUACGCGUCUUUGUUUCCUCGGUGAGUUCUCAGAAAGGACGAAAGUCUGUUGUGUUCCUUGGUAUUCCUGGAAGACUUUCCACCUCCGAUAUUCUCCCUAUUUCUGCGACCGUAUCCCAUGCAAGUCUCGACUGGGAGGAAUGGAAAGUUCAUGACAUAUUCUUCUUCCGCCAAGGCCCCUUUGUAAGUGUGGAUGAACUGUUGGAUGCAUAUAAUAAUGGGAGUCUUACAUUAUUUACUUUGCCUAAAGGAUAUAUUGAUCAUAUUAAAACUUCUCGAGAUUAUAGCAAGAAAAGUAACCAACCACUGCGUAAAAAUGCGUCGAAAAGACCUCCAAAGACUGUCGAACCACAGGGACCAAGAUAUAAAGUGACAGAUUAUCUUGUUGAGUGGAUGGGUUGGUCAUUAGAACUAUCGAUGAACAACUAUCACGGACCAUCUAUUUUCAACAUUCGCUACAAAGGAGAACGAAUAGUUUACGAGAAUUCGUUAAACGACAUAACCCUUCUCUACUCGUCCUUGAACCCUGGAGCAGGUUCAACUUUGACAGUUUUGAGCGACAUGAUAUUUCGUCUGGGUAGUUUUCCGAAUAUCAUUCAGAGUCUUGACUGUCCUGAGCACGCUACUAUACUGAAUGUUACAACAUUUAGUGAAGGAAGACAAAUUCCCUCCCUUAGAGAAGGCAUCUGUGUGUUCGAAGCUGAUGGACAACGCCCAUUGUGGCGGCAUAAUGGGCGUAUUAACAGCGGCAUGAACGAUAACUAUCUUAAUAUCCGCAUCCCACUAGGGCUUGGGAACUAUGAUUAUAUGAUUGACUUCCAGUUUCAUCUUGACGGAAAGAUAUGGACGUACGCAACUGCCUAUGGGAGUUUGUAUACGGCUUUCUGGUUUAAAGAUGAUGACACGGUUGGCUCUAAAAAAUCAAGGACCCAAUUUGGCAACAGAGUUGCAGAGCAUUCAAUGGGAAGUAUCCACGAUCAUCUCUUUGCAUUUAAGGUCGAUAUUGACGUAGCUGGGCGUACUAAUACAUUUGAAAAGAUACAUUGGAGAGGAGGGACGAUAUCAGAGGCCAUUAGAAGUCAGACGAACAGAAGAUCGUCAGAUAUACCCGGUGUUACCUCCAAAUUUACAAGAUAUUUAGAGUAUGAAACAUUAAGUAAAGAAAAAGGUUUAGUGGUAGAAUCUAAACCAGUAGUUUGGUCGAUAAUUAACGAGAAUAAGCAAAAUAAAUGGGGGAACUUUCUUGGCGUGAAAAUCGAACACACUCAAGAGUAUCAGGAAGUGCUUCCUCCGGAUCAUCCAGCGCUUAUUGCUCUUCCUCAUAUGAAAUACAACUUAGCGGUGUCAAAACACCAUGAUGAUGAACAGUUCAUUGACUCUUUUCAAUACGACAAACAAAGACUCCAUGACCCAAUUCAUAAUUUAGAAAGUUUUCUUGAUGACGAAGACAUCGUCAACUCUGACCUGGUCACGUGGAUCUCCGUACACUUUCUUCACCUCCCAAGUGCUGAAGAUUUCCCCAUGACAACUGGAGCGACACGUGGAUUUUUAAUCCAACCAAUGAAUUUUUUUGGGGAGACGGCUACCUUUGACAUGCCACAAUACGAUAUUUAUAAAAAUGGGACAAUUGUGAAUGACCCGUAUUCUAUACACAAACACCAUUAUGUCUUGCCGGACGACAUCGACCGUCCGGAUUAUGCUUAAGUACAUAAAUACAACCUUAACGUUUUAACCGAAACAAAUUGCUAAUGCGUUUUUCAAAUCCAGAAAAAGAAUCAAUUAUUGAAUGCAUUAGGAAUGCAAAUAUUUCAUUCAAUAAUGAAAAAGGAUGUUCUACCAUGACCAGAAGUUCUGAGUAUGGGCAGUAGUUAUGCAUUGUGCUAAACA